CCGGAAGUGCACUGCACCAGCAAAAGUUUGGAAAGUUUGUCGUCCUCCAAGUUUAUUUAUUUCAAGCUCAUUUCAUGCAUAACAUGACAGUCGGAACAAAAACAUUGCAACACUCAGUUGAUGAACGAUGUGACAAUCUGCAUUAAAGAUGGGGACCAGUCAAUAUCCCAAAGAGUCGACCCUGAUUGCCUUACGUCAUGUUCACGUCCCGUAUUCUAACAGUGAGGACGACAUAAAUAACUUCCUCCCUCUUAUCAAAGGCGAGAGGCUCCGUUGUCUUACAUCAUACACCGAUGACCGCACGUGGGUCACGACCUCUUGUGGACGUCGAGGCAUCGUUUAUAAUGAGCAUGUAAGCCUGGCAGAUAUAUACAUUGAUGAGGACUACUUUGUUACCGACUUCACUGCCAAGAUGGCUGAAAGGGCACUUCAAGACAAGCCUGCCGGCUCUUACAUGAUACGACCCAACUCGUCAGAUCACAAUAAAGUUGUUAUAAGUGCCACGUUUGAGCAUAUAAAGCACUACAGGUUUCAGAAAAAGGGUGGUGGACUUGAAUAUAUGGAUAAAACAUACAAUUCUCUUUUAAGUUUUGUGAACCUGUGCGCUAAUUCGCAAAUCCUAGAUGGACUGUUGACAAACUGCAUAAAAAGAUCAAAUCUCAAUAUACCUCAGAAAGUCAACCUGGAUUAUGCUGUGAACCAAAGAUUUAUGAGCUUCAGGGUAAUAGCGGGAAGUCUGGCUGUGGGGGUGGAGGAUUUCCAAGGCAUCACGCCGUUCUGUGUGACCAUCGUCAAGGGCAGACAAUACACGAUCUUACGAGCAGCGGGGGACCCUCAGUGGCUGAUAGCACGCGAUGAGGUGACACAAAUGGAAGGCUAUGCUCCAGGCUGCUAUUUGGAAUGCUUCAUUCCGCCCUGGUUUCACGGGAGAAUAGAUCGAGAGAAGGCCACCCAUCUUCUGAACAAGUGCAAUCGUGACGGAACCUUCCUUGUCAAAGAGCGGCUUAAUAAUCCUGGCUGCUAUGCUCUGUCGGUUUGGAACCCUGACUUCAGCAUCACACAUGUGCCUCUAUCUUACCAUAAAGGUAAAGUGACCACAGGAGUGAGUGAGAACCUGCCAAAGUUUGAGUGCAUAUUGUUUAUGGUUAAAUAUUACUGUUCUCAGACACGAUUCUGGACAAUGGAUGGCCAGUGCGUGAGGAUGCUGUUUCCUCUGUCCAGGAAAGAAACGUCUGUUCCAGACGAGAUUCGAACCCUUGACAUGAAGUCGAUCGAAAUGUACUUUAAGGCCCUCAAAGAGGGGAAGGAACAUGUGCGGGACAUUAGACUUAUGGUUAUUGGUCACCAUGGUGCUGGCAAGACAACGCUAACAGAGAGGCUCAUGGGAAAGCCCUUCAAGAACGUUGGGUCCACAAAGGGUAUCGAGGUACACCUGCGCCAGUGUGAGUACAACCUUCAGUCUGGAGAGUGGCUCAGGGCGCGACCGGGCUCGACCGUCAUGGAUGAUAACACUCACUCCCUCAGAUUAAUGCGUGCACUUGAAUCACCGAGUGAAGAACGGACCUCAUUCAUAGAAGAAAUGCGCCAUGACUCGAAAGCCAAUCUAAGCUUAACAAGUUCCAGCACAUCCCGUGACGAAUCCACCAACUCAUUAUCCCCGCAACAAUAUGAAAUGGCACAGGAAUUCCCAGAUACAGGUUGUAAUCAGAGUCAACAAGAAGCCAUGAAAUUUGCAUUGAAUGCAAACGAAGACAAUCUUGUUUCUGACAGUGUGAACAUAAAAGAUCUAAAACUGACUAUAAACAACAACGAUGCCAAAAGCAUUGACAAUGUUUGUAGUACUUUAAGUUUAAAGGAUUAUGAAACACCAGGUAACGAUUGGCAGAAAUCUGAGUACUCUAUAACAAAUGAUGACAUACCUAGAUAUAAGUUUUCCAUAAGCACCAUACGGGCAAUCGAGACAGCUUUUGGAAGAAAGAGGCCUCAAUCUGGCAAAGAUUCGAGAACUGGAUUCAUUUCUAUGUGGGAUUUUGCCGGGCAGUUUUUCUUCUAUGCAACACACCAGGUGUUCCUGACAAUGCGUGCAGUCUACCUGCUGGUGUUCGAUCUCUCAAAGAGCCUUGAUGAGUUUGUUGUGGAUACAGACUUCCCUCUACAGUCCAGCGAAUCACAGGGGAAGACGGUCAAGGACUAUGCAGACUUCUGGUUAUGCUCGAUCCACACAUUCUGUGGCAACGUGCAAGGUCAUCCUCCAGUGAUUCUGGUGGGGACUCACCUCAAUGACGUCGUGUGUCGCGCAGGCCAGACAAGGACCCAGUUUGCUGAGGAAUACUUUGAGAAAUUCAGGAAACUGUUGGAGAACUCACCCAUUGCUGAUCACCUACAACCAGAACAGUUUGCAGUUGAUGGCACACAAACUGAUGACUGUUUUGAGGGUUUAAGGAAAGCCAUAGUAACAGUUGCUAAGAGACAGAAGCAUUGGAACCAGGAGAUACCUUCAAGCUGGUUGCCUCUCGAGCGGGAGUUGAGUAAACUGGGUGCAAAAGAGAAGUUUAUCUCCAUUGAACGGCUUGCUGACAUCAAUAAAGAGAUGGAGGUUCCUAUAACCGACAUGGAGGAGGUCACUCUAUUUCUCAGGUACCACAAUGCAGUGGGUUCACUUAUCUAUCUUGACGAGAUACCGAACACUGUUGUCCUAGACAACCAAUGGAUCAUUAACGCGUUUCGAUGCCUCGUGAUGGCUCGACAGUUCUGCUCGCUGCGUCCUGCUUUGAGACAAAUGUGGAGCCAUUUGCAGGAAACUGCCAGUCUUAAGGACAAACUGAUCGAUGAAAUUUGGGGAGGGGAGGAGGGCGGGGUAUAUUUACGGGACAAGGAUAUCCUGUUGAAAUACAUGGAGAAACUGGAUAUAAUCGCUCGACCAAAGGUUAAAGUAGACGACGGUUCGAAAAUCGAUAUUGACUACUAUUUUGUACCAUGCUUAUUGCGGAUUAAAGGAAACAAAAUAGUGCCAAGUUUCCCGCUGUGUAAGGAGUGGGAAUGCACACCAAACCUGUGUUUUGUGUUUAAGGAGGGUUUCAUGCCACCGAUGGUGUUUCAGCGAAUGCUCGGAGCGUGCCUGUCCCGGUAUACAAUAUUCCGUAAGGGGUCAGAGGAUCAGCUCUACAGCGACUAUGGGGUCUUUCACUUGGACUCGCAACACUGCUUUAUAUUCAAGUUGGAAGACAACGCGAUGAAAGUGAAGGUUGUUAAUCUGGUUGAAAGCCAGGUAAAGGCAGUACUCUGUGAUAAACUUCGCAGAUUUUUGUCCAGUCAGCUGGAAAGUGAACUCUGCAGGUAUCGCCACAACACCUCAUUCACGCUUCAUGUGGAAUGCUUCAGGCCUGAUCACACUCCUAGUGUUCUCAUCAACUGCAAGGAGUUGCUGAAAGAGGGCAGGCUGCCUUGCUACGCCCAUGAGGAAACUCACACCGUUCACGCCAACAUUCUACUCCAGUCCUGGUAUCCUGACUACAUGGAACUGCCGAAAGGGCAAGGGGCGCAUAAAAGCUGGAUAGAUAGCGUUCCUCAGGUGAUACGAAAAAGGGAGGUCACUCUUAAAGACUUGAGUAAGAUUGCGCAAUCCCUGGGCUUCAACUGGGAGUUUGUAAUGAUUGAGCUAGGGGUGUCGCAAGCAACUAUAGACCAGUGCAAGAUGGACCACCGUGACCAGGUAGCUAUGCAGAUAUACCACUGCCUGCUGCGCUGGAAGAACAGUGAAGGCUACAAGGCAAAUAUCGAGACUCUUGUGAAGGCAAUCCAGGCCAAUAGCACGGUGGAAGCGGACUGGGAGGCCAUUAAAAACGUGGCGGACAUGUUUACAGAAAACGGCGGGACUAUUAUGAAUGCAAGGAUGUUGCCUAGUGUUUAGAAAAUAUGUCUGCUAGAUUUAAUUGACCUACUGAUAAGCCAAAAACAUAAAUGUUAGAACUCUUACUCCAGUGUUACUUUCUUUACCAUCUAUGAUAACUUGACCCAAGCAAAGUACCUAUGAAAGUGCUUAGAUGUUUGAUGGCUUGGAUGCUAUUCUGUACUGAAAAUGGAUUCUAAAAUCUUAAUCAUUUAGUCUGCUGGUCAUCCAAUUAUAUUCCCCCUAUAUUCUAAUAGGGACAAUUUUCUUGCUCAAAAAGCAUACAUUUCUUCAGAAUUAUGAUCGUUAGAUGUAAUGAACUCAUAAAUAAUACUGCUACAAAUUUUGUAAAUUCGUUUUCAUUGAGCACAAGAAAAGAAGCUAACUUUUGUAAGGUUCGAUACAAAAAAUGGAUGUAUAUAUUUGUCUACCACUGCAUUGAAGGGAAAAGAAAAUACUACUUAUCCAGUACAAAGUUUUUAAGCUCUUUUGACAUCUUCAUUUUAAGUUAGGAAUGAUUUUGGUUGGUGAAGCAGUGUCGAUUUCUGUUGACAAAUCAUAGAUUUUGGUUGGUGAAGCAGUGUCGAUUUCUGUUGACAAAUCAUAGAUUUUUCUUUCAUAUGCACAUUUUGCAAUCAGUAGCCAUUGGUUUUGAUAUAAAAUUUUACCUUUUGUAAAUUUUUUAAUUUUUUAACCUAGCUCAGGUUUCUCAUCAAUUAUAGCGCCCUCCAUUUUUAACCAGGUUUUCCGAAGGAAAAAACUGGUUAUUAGAUUGGCGAAUGCGGGCGGGCUGGCUGGCUGGCGGGCUGGCUGGCUGGCUGGCGGGCUGGCGGAAUAAGCUUGUACCUAUGUCGUUCAUUGUCAGAUUUUAAAAUCAUUUGGCACAUUUGUUCACCAUCAUUGGACGUUGUGUCGCGCGAAAUAAUUACGUCGAUAUCUCCAAGGUCAAGGUCACACUUUGAGUUCAAAGGUCAAAAAUGGCCAUAAAUGAGCUUGUCCUGGCCAUAACUAUGUCAUUCAUUGUGAGAUUUUAAAAUCAUUUGGCACAUUUGUUCACCAUCAUGGGACGGUGUGUCCCACGAAAGAAUCACGUCAAUAUCUCCAAUGUCAAGGUCGCCACGACUAAAAAUAGAUUUAAAAAAAAAAAAAAAACUUACAAAGGGGGUUAAUUUUUUUGGGUCAUUUCAAAAGUUCAGUUUGAGUUUUCUCCCUUUAUCAGAUUUUUUUUUCACAAUGAAAACCUGGUUUUGUGACAAUUUUGUCCCUUGUUCUCCAUUAUUUUGCUUUUAUCAUAAUUUGGUUGACAACCAAUUAGCCUCUAAUGGUCUUCUAGAACCAGAUUUAAAAAAAAAUCAAUAUCUUCUUGCUCUUUUAAUAAUUGUAUUCGAACUGGUGGUGAAAUAUUAAAUUUGCUAUUUCAUGGGUUUUUGCAAAAGCUUUUUGCAUAUUGUCGGUAAAUCAAGUAAAUAGCAAAAUGUGACAUUUGUACGUCUCCAUCAACGCUCUUUGACAGCAUAAAGGGUUGAUAUGACAAUCUUGUGACAAAAAACAGCGAGACAUGAAAUACUUUCAGCUUGCUAAGGUUACAUCAAAAUGCUGUUAGUAAAUGUAUUUAAAUUAUAUAAAUAUGUUUAUACAUCACUUCAUUAUAUAAUAUAUAUGUUUCAAAUGUUUAUGGAAACAUGGCCAACAUUUGAGUCGCUUUCUGAGAAAACUGGGCAUAAUGCAUGUGCGUAAAUUGUUGUCCCUGAUUAGCCUGUGCAGUUCGCACAGGCUAAUCAGGGACGACUCUUACAGCUAUUAUGAUAUUUUCUGUUUAAAGAAAGUCUCUUAUUAGCAAAAAUCUAGUUUAGACGGAAAGUGUUGUCCCUGAUUUGCCUGUACGGACUUCACAGGCUUAUCUGUGACGAAACUUUAUGCACAUGCAUUAAGCCCAAUUUUAUCUGAACAAGACACAUAUGAUGAUUUACAUAGAUUCUCUGUAAAUAAACGUGUACCUGCUAUUGUGGGCAUGUAACCUUUGUAAUGCAAUAGCCUAUGUUUUUGUGUCAUAAUGAAUAUAUUUUUUAUCUUGUACAUCGGUGAGUUCAUAGUGUUCAUUCUAAGUUGCUCAUAAAUAGUUUAAUCAUGCCCAAGGAAAGCAAAGAGGGCUUCCAUUGUUUGAAAAACCGGUGUUAUAGUAGUUCCAAUAUUCUAACAUUUAUAUUUUUUAUUGUGUCUUCCCCAAUCAACAUUUAAUGCAUAUUAUUCUGUUGAAAAAGUGAUUUUAACACUUGAAAAGUCUAUGUUGUUUUCAACAUUGUUGGGCAUGAAUCGUAACAAUCAUUUUACCAAUGCAUGACUCCAGUGAGUAAAUUAAGAAAAAAUUAUAAUGGACUGUGUAUAAAUAGUAAGGUGAAUAAUUGUUGAAGUUUUCACUCUUAACCCUUUACCACUUACCGGUAGAUACAUAUUUUUACGCUUAUGUAGUCCCUCUGAAACUAAAUUUUAAUUAAAGACCUUUUUAGUUUUAAAGGUGUCAUUUCCAACCCUUAGAUACUGAUGAGAAGCAAACAGCAUAAAACCUGAACUGACUGUGAGUUACUCACAGGCUGAUCUGGCUUUAUGCUGUUUGCACAUAGCUAUUUUCACUUGGCUUAUGAGAGGGAAAGGGUUAAAUUGUUUUCUGUUUCAGUAUAUUUGUGUUUUGGUUAUUUUUUUAUUUAUAAUGAUAGAUUUGAAAUGUAUGUUCAUGUUGAAUGUGAUUGUUGUGCAACUUUUUUGGGUAUUUUUAUUUUUACAUUUGAUGUGAAAUGUUUCAGUUUUUAACCAGGUUUUCCGAAGGAAAAAACUGGUUAUUAGAUUGGCGAAUGCGGGCGGGCUGGCUGGCGGGCGGGAGGAACAAGCUUGUCCGGGCCAUAACUAUGUCGUUCAUUGUCAGAUUUUAAAAUCAUUUGGCACAUUUGUUCACCAUCAUUGGACGGUGUGUGGCGCGAAAUAAUUACGUCGAUAUCUCCAAGGUCAAGGUCACACUUUGAGUUCAAAGGUCAAAAAUGGCCAUAAAUGAGCUUGUCCUGGCCAUAACUAUGUCAUUCAUUGUGAGAUUUUAAAAUCAUUUGGCACAUUUGUUCACCAUCAUGGGACGGUGUGUCGCACGAAAGAAUCACGUCAAUAUCUCCAAUGUCAAGGUCGCUACGACUAAAAAUAGAUUUUUUUUUAAAACAAACUUACAAAGGGGGUUAAUUUUGUUUGUUCAUUUCAAAAGUUCAGUUUGAGUUUUCUCCCUUUAUCAGAUUUUUUUUUUCACAAUGAAAACCUGGUUUUGUGACAAUUUUGUCCCUUGUUUGUUCUUGUGCUCUUGUUUAUUUGUAAGCUAAGUGUGCCAGCUCAUUGUUUUAUUUUGGUACUGAAGCUGUAAAAAUGACAUAAAUGUAUAUAGGAAAGUGCUUCAUCUGGGAACAUUGUCUUUAUUGUUCCAUGGGGAAGUCUUCAAGAUUUAUCUGUUGUAUUUCCAAGGAAUUUUGUGCUUUACUGAAUAUUUGAAUCAAAUAUUUUGUACAAUCACUUACUUGCAUUUCUAUUAUUGGCAUUAAGAUUUGGUUUUUGAAUGUGUUGAAUACAUAGUAAUUUUGUUAGUGGUAUUUGCUAUAAGCAAAAUGUACUUAGCUUCAAGCUUUUGCUUCUAAGUGUCAUUCCACGAUACUAAACCAAACUAUAGUGCUUACUUGAGGUAUGUGUGGGUGAUUCCUCCACCUUUCAGCUGAUUUCCUCCCUUUCAAUGUCCAAAUGAUUUUAAAAUAGUUAUCAAUUUUUAUGGCUCUGUAUAGCAAUGAAGAGAUUUGAUGAAUCAUGUAAGGGGGUGUGACUUUUUCCUCCCCAGGGGUGUUUUUUAAAUCACAUCCUUGAAUUAAUAGUUGUAUUAGCUGAUACAUUUUGGUGUGCUAAUUGUGCUAUGAUGUGUUCUAUUGGAAAAUAGAGCCGUACUCUGUGAAAAGGGGGUUUAAUGCAUGAGCAUAAAGUCCCUUCCCAGACUGGACCGUGCAGUCUGCACAGGCAAAUCAGGGACGACACUUUCUGCCUUAACUUGAUUAUUGCUAAGUAGAGACUUUCUUUAUAAAUAUAAAGCGAUGUGUCGUCCAUGAUAAGCCUGCGCCGGCUAAUCAGGGAUAACACUUUGUGCACAUUCAUUUAACCUGUUUUUCACAGAGCACAGCCCAUAUUUUUGUAUUCCAUGACAUAUUCGAUCAUGGAAGCCAUUGUACUGUUUAUUUAUAGCAUGACAUUUUGUAUUAUGACAUAGUCAUAUCAGAAAAAUAGUCUACUAAUUGAUUUUUCGUGCUCUCUGUAUUAGAUAGAACAAUUAUUCUUACUAAAGGGUGACUAUAAUUAUGCCAACAUACUUCAAGUAUAAACAUUUGUCUAGCUCUUUUUAUUGCAGUAUGUAAAACAUACUAUAUUUUGUUAUAGGCUUUUCUCUGAAGGGUAUUAUAAGUGAUAUUCUAGUUAAUAUUGUUAUUGGUGCUAUUUGCUGUGAGAUCUCUAGAAUAUAACACACUAUUUGCCUCUAUGACUUUACAUAGGCGUUAAGCUUAUCUGUAACUCAUUUCAGUAAAUCUAAUUUAUAGACAGCCAAAUUGCUUUGUGAUUUGUUUAUUUUUAGCUCACCUAAUGAAGGUGAGCGUUUUGUGAUUGCUUUUUGUCCAUUGUUAGUGGCCAACGUUGGCUUGUGAACACUCUAAAGGACUUGUUUUAUUACCCAAUUUUUAUGAAAUUUCGUUUUAACAUUUGUCCCAAUGAUAUCUCUGCCAAAUAUGAUAUGUCAUAUUUAAGAAAAAGUCUGUGAAGGCCACAUUUAUUGCAUAGACUUAAUGAAAGUUUGUCGGAACAUUUGUCUGAAUUAUAACUCUGCCAAGUUUGAAACUGGGUCACAUAGGGUCAAAAAAAGGUCACAAGGUCAAAGAUGUCGGAAAAGCUGGUGAAGACUCUAUAGAGUGCAUAUCAAUUACCCAAACUUUAUGAAAGUUGGCAGAAGGUAUGAUAUAUGAUACACUGAGGUCAAAUGGGGUAAAAAACUAGGCCUUUAUUUUAAAAGAAAAAGUUUGUGAAUACUUCAGAGGCCACAUUUAUUGUCCAAUCUUGAUAAAACUUGGUCAGAAGAUUUGUCCAAAUCAUGUUCUCUCAAGAACAAGCUUGUGGAUUUUCUAAAAGUCACAUUUGUUUCCACAAUAAUCAUGAAACAAAUGUUGGGUCAGUUUUCCAUAAAAGUCUAGUGUGAAAGCACAUGGACACUAUCUGCUCCGAAAAGUUUAGUUCCUUGAGGUCUCAGGUGAGUGCCUUUCUUUGGUGCUCUUGUUUUGUUGAACAAUAUGAAAGAUGAUCUCUAAUUGCUCGUUUCAUCUCAUCACUUUCUGAUCAUUCUGUGCUAGUCAAUUUACAAGAAAUGUAAAGCUCAUGGCUCCUUUUGUCUCUUAUCACCCAAAAUGAAUCAAUUCUUGAGACCACAUGUGGAAUGCAAACUUCAUUUGUGAUUCACAAGAUUCGAAGAUGCCUGUUUAAUUUCUUGUGAUACCCGCAUUGUCAUAUGUCUUAGCUAGUCAUGAAGUGACAUUUCAUGUAAUAAAUUCCCUCUUGAUGCAUCAUAUUAAGGUUGACCACAUAACUGCUGUAACUGCUUCAUAAUUUUUUAGCAGUUACAAUAUUUUAACCCUUGACCCCUAAAUGUACGAUAAACCAUGAUAUUUAACUGCCUAUCAAAAUCAGAUAACCCUUAAUAAACUUUUCCCAUCAGAAGCCAAAGUGAAAAUGGCUUUUGCAACCAGCAGUCUGUUCAGGUCUUAUGCUGUUUGCUGCUCAUCAGUAUCAAAGGGUUUAAAACUCGAUUCUAUUAAAGAAGAUUUUAAAUUUAAUUAUAUUUUCUAAGGGACUACAUACGCGUCAAGGUGCGUUUAUAAGGGGUAAAGGGAUAUAAUAACACUCUAGGAUAAGUGGAAACAGAUCUGUUACCUGAUUGGUGGGGAGCUGACUUAUACAUUAAGUUAUAGUAAAAGACAAUAAUGGAGUAGAAGCAAUAUUGUCACAAUGAGUACUUUUUCACUCAAUAGGGGCUCUAAUUGCUGAAUAGUCACAUGUCUGUGCCAUCCCAGUGCCCUGUAAAUAGUGUUUGUGCUUUUAUCAUCAUUGUGAUAAGUAAAAUCAUAAGUAACAGUAGAAGUAGAAGUAUAACCAUUAUUAUUAAUUAUUAUUAUUAUUUAAGACUUGUUUUGUUUAUUUAAUUAAGAUUAUUUUUAUUUAACUUCUGAGGCAUUCUUGUACUGGUGUGGUUUCAUUAGUUGGGCAUUUGGAAUGGUCUUAUGUUUACUAUAUGUUAACAUGUUAAACAAUUGACCAUUAGUUAAUUAUUAACGUAUAAGAGAUUUAGUAAUCCUCGGUGAAUGGAUCUAUGUUAGAUUGGACAAAGUAUUAAAUAGUUCCUACAUAAUUUAUCUUUAUAGAAAAGAUUAUUCAAGUGCUGAAAUAUACACUGGUCUCCUGAGUUUUGCCAUGAUAAAUACAGUUAGAAUUGUGAAUCAUGAUAAAUACAGUUAGAAUUGUGAACCAUUUUGGCCUUGACGCAUACUAAUACAGUUAGAAUUGUGAACCAUUUUGGCCUUGACGCAUACUGCUGUCACAUGUUAAGUUUCUGGCAGUUUUUUAAUCCUUGUUAUGAAAUUGAUCAAAUCGGAUAAUUUCUUCCUUGUUUGAGUUUGAGUUACAAUAAUUUGCUGCUAGUUGAGUAAUUAGAUGACCCACCAAAUUCCAAGAUGGGUUUUAUGCCAUGUGUCUGGCCCAUCAGUGCAGUCUGAUCUGGAGCUUCCCUGACCACGAAACCUAGCCUGACUCAAUAGAGUACAACAUAGCUCCUUACCGGACUGUGUGAUAUCACAGGCUGGUGUGAAGCUGCUCUGACCACGAAACCUAGCAUGACUCAAUAGAGUACAACAUAGCUCCUUACUGGACUGUGUGAUAUCACUGUAGGCUGGUGUGAAGCUGCUCUGACCACGAAACCUAGCAUGACUCAAUAGAGUACAACAUAGCUCCUUACUGGACUGUGUGAUAUCACAGGCUGGUGUGAAGCUGCUCUGACCACGAAAAUUAGCAUGACUCAAUAGAGUACAACAUAGCUCCUUACUGGACUGUGUGAAAUCACUGUAGGCUGGUGUGAAGCUGCUCUGACCACCAAACCUAGCAUGACUCAAUAAAGUACAACAUAGCUCCUUACCGGACUGUGUGAUAUCACAGGCUGGUGUGAAGCUGCUCUGACCACGAAACCUAGCAUGACUCAAUAGAGUACAACAUAGCUCCUUACUGGACUGUGUGAUAUCACAGGCUGGUGUGAAGCUGCUCUGACCACGAAACCUAGCAUGACUCAAUAGAGUACAACAUAGCUCCUUACUGGACUGUGUGAUAUCACAGGCUGGUGUGAAGCUGCUGUGGCCAAAUGCAUUUGGAAUAAGACCCAUUUUCGUUUGGUGGGCGUCAUAUAAUGAAUUAUGGUAAUAAAAAACAUGUCACGAGCUGCAGCUAAUAUCAUCCUCAAUGUAUAAAUGAGCUGCGCUCUGCGAAAAGAGGGCUUAAUGCAUGUGCGUAGUGUAGUCCAAGAUUAGCCUUAACUAGAAUUUUGCUUAAAAUAGACUUUCUUCAAAUGAAAAAUAUCUUAAAAGCCGAAAGUGUCAACCCUGAUUAGCCUGUGCAGACUGCACAGGCUAAUCUGUGAUGAUACUUUACGCACAUGCAUUAAACCCCCUUUUCACAGAGGACGGUCCUUAUUUAAUUAUAUAUAUUAUUUUUUGUCUUGUCAUUCUUUUGUUUUGCUUUGAUCUCAAAAAGUUACUGUUUAAGUUUUCAUCUUUAUUGCUUUAAUUUUUUUUUCACUUUAAAUAUUUUACUUUUCUCAUGGAUAUGUCGUGAUAAAAUGAACAUGAUAAUUCCCAUAAAUGCAUUUUUGGAAGCAUUUUUAUGUCAUAGUUUCCCAGCAUUGUAGAAUCUUUGCCAUGACAUUAAAUCUAAUAAUAGCUUUUACAAGUUCAAUAUUGGUUCAUGUGUGAUCAAAAACUAUGUCACCAUGCCAAAUCGAAUCAUAGCUUGGACAAGUUCAAUAUUGGUUCAUGGGGGGUCAAGAACUUUGUCACGAUGCCAAAUCUAAUAAUAGCUUGGACAAGUUCAAAAUUGGUUCAUAUGGGGUCAAAACUAUGUCACCAUGCCAAAUCUAAUAAUAGCUUGGACAAGUUCAAUAUUGGUUCAUGUGUGAUCAAAAACUAUGUCACCAUGCCAAAUCGAAUCAUAGCUUGGACAAGUUCAAUAUUGCUUCAUGUGGGGUCAAGAACUUUGUCACCAUGCCAAAUCUAAUAAUAGCUUGGACAAGUUCAAUAUUGGAUCAUGUGGGGUCAAAACUAUGUCACCAUGCCAAAUCUAAUAAUAGCUUGGACAAGUUCAAUAUUGGUUCGUGUGGGGUCAAAACUAUGUCACCAUGCCAAAUCUAAUAAUAGCUUGGACAAGUUCAAUAUUGGUUCGUGUGGGGUCAAGAACUAUGUCACCAUGCCAAGUUGAAAAAAAAAAGUAUGCCACUUGCUCAAAACAUUUUUUCUCAAUUAUAUAAGAUGGCUGGACAAACUGGUUAAUGUGAUUUAAACUCUAGUUAACCAUAACCCUGCUCUUUCUUAAAGAAGAGUAGUUGUUCUUUGUUUUCUGAAGAUUGUACCAUACGUCAUGGUAUUUGCACUUUUCCAUAACCACAAUUUAUUUGGCGAGGUAUAUCAAUUCAAAGAAUUAGCUUGUUUUAUUAAAUUGAAUGUUGUGUUGAAUAAAAUUCCUGUGAAAUCUAUACAGAUGCCUAACUGAUGCCUAAUUGAUGCCUAAUGAAACUCGCUUAAUGCCUCACGUGAGCUACCUAGGGCGUCUCAACUUUCAACUUUGUGUGAUUUGUCAUAUUAUAUACUACAUGCAUUUAUUAUUAACCCUUUGCAUGCUGGGAAAUUUGUCGUCUGCUAAAAUGUUGUCUGCUGAAUUUCUAAAAUUAGCAUUUUCUUUGAUUUUUUUCAAAGAAUUAUCAGAAUAGCAAACAGUUUGGAUCCUGAUGAGACGCCACAUACUGUGGCAUCUCAUCAGGAUCCAAACUGUUUUCAAAGGCCUUCAAAAUUCGGUUCCAGCACUGAAAGGGUUAACUGAACAUCAUUUCGCUACUUUAGAAACGGCAUAAAAGGUGCAAGCUUUAUCAAAGCAUUAUUAACAGUAACUUAGAUGUUUUAUUUAUGUUUUGUUUUCGUUUGUUUGUCGAUCUUGUAAAUUGUAUUGCUAUUAAAAUAGCUUUCUUCAAACGUUGGAUAAUUGGAUACUAGUAAUUGAUAAUUUCAGAGAAAAAUUUUAUUUUUACUGAGACAAGCUUAAGAUAUGAGUGUCUUAAUUAUAAACAAGCGAUUUACGUAAUUCUAUGACAUUCUUGAUGAGUUAUGAUUAUGGAAGUUAUGACUAUGGAUGUUUUCUAAUGAACUAAAUUACAAGAAUGUGCUAUUUUGACAUUAUUUGUUUUAUGAAAUAUUUUUGGUAACUUUGCACUGUAAAUGCAAAUACAAAUUCUUUGAUGAAAGGAACAAGUGUCAUGAAAUCUUUUAAUUACUCUUGUGGUAUUGCAUAAGUAAUUGCAAAACAAAAAGCAGGUCAUGUCCAUUUUUGUCAAUGGUUUUUCUUUAUUUUUAGAUUCAUAAUAAUGCUUCAUGUCUAACUGCAGUUUGCAAAGAGUAUAAUUAGAUUCCAGAAAUAUUUUUAGCAUGUUAUUAUCUAAUGCCACUUGUGUAAAUAUGUUUUGAAGCAUCCGUCUGAUGAUCUUCAUAUUUAAGUACCCAAUCUAUUCUUCCCGUGACAAGACACGAACUCAAUAACAAUGCCGGAUAUAUCAGCUUAUGUAAGACGCGCAUACAAAUGUGGGCUUUAGCCUACAAAAUCGUAGGCUAAAUAUUGUUAGUACAAUAUGUUUAAGUGGUCAUCUAAACCAUAUGCACAAUUUUUGUUGGUUUGUCAAUCUAAAGCCACAGUAAAUGGCAAAACAUUUCAAAUCAACAUAGCUUAAAAAACACACAACUUCUUGCAAAAGCUUAUGGUGUAAAUUUUUCUUAAUUAAGAAAAUCUUAUGUUACUUUCAUUAGCUUUGCAUUAACGGAAUAUAUGGGCUGUGCUCCAUGAAAAGGGGUUUUAAUGCAUGUGCUUAACGUGUCGUCCCAGAUUAGCGUGUGUAGUCGACGACACUUGCCGCUUUUAUAAUAUUUUUCGUUAAAAGAAAGUUGUUUCUUAGCGAAAUUCCAGUUCAGGCAGAAAGUGUUUUCCCUAAAUAGCCUAUGUGGACUGCACAGGCUAAUCUGGGACGACACUUUACGCACAUGCAUUAAACCCCUUUUUCACAGAGUGCUGCUCAACUAAUAACAUACCAGCUUAUUUACUUCAGACACAUUAUCCAUUUUCCCAUUCAGCAAAUAGACGGUUCAAUGCUCCAUCAAUAUUAUUCGAUUAAGUUUCAGCUCACUUGAGAACUAUUUGGUGGCGUCCGUUGUGGCGUGUCACCUGUCUUAUUUCGUGUUCUUUUUUACUCUUUGAAACUCUUAAGGCCACAAUUGUCACCAAGUCUUGAUGAAACUUGCUCACAAUGUUUAUAUUGACAGAAUCUAUAUGAAUGAAAAUCAGUGUAACAUGCGUCCACAACUAGGUCAUCAGACUAAAUCUUAGAAGAACCUUGCUAUCACUCUACAGGCCAUGUGUCUGACUAAUUCUUGAUAAAAACAUGUUAAGAAUGUUUCAAUAGAUAAUAUCAAGACAAUAUCCAGACCAAGUUCCAAUUGGGGCCAUGUUUGUAAAAAAUAGGUGACGAGUAAAAAUCUAAAAAAAAAAACAUGUAGCUUUUUUUAACACUUGAUGCACCAUUUUCUUCUUUUCUUAACCCAUUUAUGCCUGGCGUCUAGAAAAAAGGCCUUGACAAACAGCGUAGACCCAGAUGAGACGCCGCAUUAUGCGGCGUCUCAUCAGGGUCUGCGCUGUUCGCUUAAUGGAAUUUAUGUAAGAAAUAUUCUAAAUAUAGAAAUACAUGUACUAGACAUCCCUCAUUUUGGAAAUAAAUUGAUCCAAUUUAGAAGGAUGGGAGAGUCCACUAGGUAUAAAUGGGUUAAUGAGACUUGCUCAGAAUGUUUACCUUUACAAACUCUUGGCCGUGUUUGAAUCAGGCGUCCACAAACUAGGUGAACAGAUCAAGUGCGCCUAAACACUUGGUCAUCAGAUCAAAUCUUGUCUAUUCUAGGAACAUAUUUCCAUUGUCACUGCAAUACAUGCUUUCAUAUAUUGUAAAUAUAUCACGUAUAUGACGGUAUAUCUAUACAUCGAUCAGCUUUUUAUAAGAGCAGACAGAAACCGGUGUUACCUUAUCAGCCAAUAUAGUAUUGUCUCCUGUUGAUGGUCUCUUCACAGUCCUAUGUAUUGUCUUAAAGUGGAAUACAUGUUGGUACCUGUUUUGCCUUUCUAAACCAAUAUCUUAGUGUCUCUUAUUGGUGACAUCGCUUAUAGUUCAGAGUUGCCUUUCUCAAUCAAUAUCAAAUUGUCUGCUAUAUGCAAUCCCUAACUAUCCAAAUUUGCUUCUGCCCUAUUAGUUGGGCUUUCUUUCGAGGGUUGAUGGUUUUACGGUCCGAAAUUAAACCAAAAUGUUUCUGUAUGUUACAAUUUGCUGAGUAUAAGAUGUGUGUGUGUUAUAGUUUUGUUAUGCAAGUACUAUACUACUCAAAAUUUGUUAAGGAUCACUUUUUAUGUCCCCCACUAUAGUAGUGGGGGACAUAUUGUUUUUGCCCUGUCUGUUGGUCUGUCUGUUGGUCUGUCUGUUUGCGCCAACUUUAACAUUUUGCAAUAACUUUUGCUAUAUUGAAGAUAGCAACUUCAUAUUUGGCAUGCAUGUGUAUCUCAUGAAGCUGCACAUUUUGAGUGGUGAAAGGUCAAGGUCAUCCUUCAAGGUCAGAGGUCAAAUAUAUGUGGCCAAAAUCGCUCAUUUUAUGAAUACUUUUGCAAUAUUGAAGAUAGCAACUUGAUAUUUGGCAUGCAUGUGUAUCUCAUGGAGCUGCACAUUUUGAGUGGUGAAAGGUCAAGGUCAUCCUUCAAGGUCAGAGGUCAUAUAUAUAUAUGUGGCCCAAAUCGCUUAUUUUAUAAAUACUUUUGCAAUAUUGAAGAUAGCAACUUGAUAUUUGGCAUGCAUGUGCAUCUCAUGGAGCUGCACAUUUUGAGUGGUGAAAGGUCAAGGUCAUCCUUCAAGGUCAGAAGUCAAAUAUAUGUGGCCCAAAUCACUUAUUUAAUGAAUUCUUUUGCAAUAUUGAAGUUAGCAACUUGAUAUUUGGCAUGCAUGUGUAUCUCAUAGAGCUGCACAUUUUGAGUGGUGAAAGGUCAAGGUCAAGGCCAUCCUUCACAAGGUCAAGGUCAUCUACAAGGUCAAACGUCGUAUAGGGGGACAUUGUGUUUCACAAACACAUCUUGUUAUAGUAUGUGUAAUUUGAAAUUCACCCCUAGCUAGAUUCAACCAGCGUCAUGCAUCAAUGAUAAAUCAAUGCAUAAAAAUAAAAUAAAAAUCACACACUCUAAUAUCAAAACCUGCAAAAUAGCAAUUUAAAUUAAAUAAAAUUAAAUUGAAGAUAAUGUGAAAAUAAAAAGUGAUCCUUAGCAAAUUUUGAGUAGUAUAUAAUGUAAAACGGUUGUUCCUAUAAAAGUAUGAAAGCUUUGUGAGUGAAUGAUAAAUGUGUUGCAUUUGGUAAAGUGGCGUAUUAUUGGAAUAAUGUGUUACUGCUUUGUUCUAUUCGAGUGCCACAUUGUAUGUGCCUUGAAAUGUAUUUUUGAUAUUUUUACAGAUUGUUCAUGACAAUCGUGUUUCAGUCAUAUAAAUGAUAUAUUCUACUUU